AUGUUCAAGAAGAAGACUACUAGAAGAUCCAAAUCAUAUAAAGAGGCAAAAAUGAAAAAUCAAGAAGUUGUUAUACAUAUCGAAUUUAGAAAAUUACAGCAUACUUCUAUUCAGAAAGAACAUUUACCAAAGGUCACCAAGACUCAACUGACUGUUAAGGAUGAUCUUGAAAGUUCUGAUAGCCAAAAAGAGAAUCUAAUUCUAAUUACAAAGAAGAAGAAUUAG